CCGUUUGCAGCUCGAUCGAUCACAGAGCCGUUUGUUGUUUCACGCUCAAUGUUUGUUCAGCUUCUUCAGAUUUGAUUGAACAUUAGCUCGGCCCAGUUUUCUUUUUCAUACAUUUGUAUUUUGAUAAAAUGUUUUUGUACUUUUAAAAUAUUUGACUUUAUUGCAUGUGAUCUAUUUUCUGAUUUAUUAUUUAAGCAUUAAACGUGUUUGAGUUUGAAAACCACUCAGACAAUCUGAACGCGACUCUGGAACAUCAGAUGAAUUUGUGUUUGCAGUUUUUCAGUGUUUCCUGAUAUUUUUCCUUUGUGUCGACAGAAGCUUCAUAUCAAACGCACACAAAGCCACGUCUGUAACUUGAUGAUAAACUGAGGGAGACGUUGGUGUUUUUCCUCCAUCAUGUAUCCUUUGGUCCUCCUGCUGCUGCUGGGAGCGAGGAGCUCAGAGUCCACGGGCCCUGUGCCUUACGACACCGUUGGCCAAAACUUUACCGUUGUGUUUCCGGAGAACAUCGCCAGCUACUACCCCGGCCCGCCCACAAACAUGGUCAUAAUCACUGCUUUGAAAAACGAGACAACAGUCCGAGUUCAAGAGUACGACAUUUUCAAGCAACGGGUCCUGGAUGCUGGAGAUGUUUGGAAUUUCACCGUGAAUGCAAAGCUGGAACUCGGGAAGCAAAACAUCUCCAACAAAACUCUGACCAUUGACAGCAACAAAGAUAUCACCGUUCAAGCCAUCAGCCGUAAAGAAGACAGUCUGCAGACCGCUGUCGUCAUACCUACAGACAAACUCGGCACAACGUACCUCAUCCCACCAAUACCCACAAUUCCCGGCACAAACAAUUAUCAGGACUUAGUUGUGCAGACGGUGACGGAGCGAGGCCCGUUCAGAAUCAUCAUCGUCAACGGUGUUCAGCAGCAAAACAACGUGAACGUCGGAGGAUUAAAGACGCAAGAAGUUUCCCUCCAGUCAGGCCAGGUUGCUCAGAUCUGGUUGAAUGAGAGUGCAGGGUUUAAAAACGUGACGGCUGAAAAGCCAGUGGCCGUCCUCUUUGGCCACCCCUGCGCCGUCCAGCGCUACUGCAGCUGCGGGCUGCUGUACGCCAUUCUGCCGCCAGCCCCAGGCAGGACGCUGAAGUACUUAGUUCCUCCAUUUCUGGCCCAGGAUGCCGCGGGAGAGACGAUGGUACUUUUGGCACAGAACGAUUCCACCAGCGUCACGCCCUACACCUCAAGCUCACCGACGUAUGAUGUAGCCGGCACAGCCAUCCUCUACCGGCCGGGAUUACUCCUCCCUCUGAUCCCAACAGCAAACUUUGCCUGCUGCUUUGUGGUCACAGCAUUAUCCACGAUCUCCAAGAACUACGCCGUGAUCGUGGUCAGCAGUAACGUCACCGACGGGGUUCGUGUUGGAAAUAACCACAUAUCAAGUGCAGACUGGACGAAACUGGAGGGGACUAAUUACAGCUCGAUACAAGUUCCUCUGAGUUUGGGUGAAACUGUCAUCUGGCACACUUCCUCCAAAAUGGCCGUCUACUUUAGCGGGAACAAUGGAAGCACUUUGUUUGGGAACCAGGCACCUGUCGUCAGUUCAAGCCCAGAUUUCAGGGGCUGCGCCGUGACCCCCGAGGUUCUAGACUUGGAAGAACAACCCAGCGACUGGCGUGAAUCUUUUAAAACCUGCGCUGAUCGCAAACUAGAGCUGCUCUGCCUGUCAAGCGCCGACCUCCAGAAACAGAUCUAUGGCAAACUUUACCAGAACAGGUCUUUAACUAACAACACUGUACAAGAGGUGUGGAUCGGCAUGCGGCGCAGCUCGCUGAACGGGGAGUGGUUCUGGGUGAACGGAGACAGCGUCAACAGCACCACCUGGGGUGACGGCGAGCCCGGUGGGGUGGAGGAAGGCCAGUGCACCAUCAUGAGUCUGGGAAACGGCACGGGCUUUGAGUGGAGCGACGACGACUGCUGCAUGGAUGCUCAUUAUAUCUGCUACAAGGAGCCGGAGCUCUUCCCCAUAUAGGACAGGAGCUCUGGAGCUCUGCACUGUCGUUAGUUUCACUACACAUCCUGUUCACGUAUAAGCAUGCUGUAGCUGCCAGUCACAUUUUAUGGCUCUGUAGAAGAAAAACAUGUACUCUAGUUUAGUCUGAGGGUCUCACGCUCUGCUUGGUGAGACACCUGAACAGCAACCAGCAGCAUCUUAGUCCUGAAAACCGAAGCAAAUGUGUAACUGAGCAUUUAAGAAAGUUUCACUUUGCAGAGGAUGUUCCUGCUGAUCUGACUGGGAAAUGUUACGAUCGUUGGGAACCAGUAGGCAGCAUCACUGGUUUCCUGUUUGAUUGUAAUCUGAGGAGAGUGAGCUGUUAUUUGUCACUAUUUAAAGUGUUUGAGCUUCGUGUGUUUGUAGUAAUCGGCUCUGCAGAAGCUUCAGCAGAGUGAUGCUAACUCGUAUUUACUGUUUGCUCUUAGAUUACGGUUUCUGGGAUAAACGAUCAGCUGCUGAUAGAAUACUUUUCUAUAAUAACUGAAGAUGUAAAUUCAAGUGCGAUUUUAUUCUUUAAGGAGUCCUAAACCGAGCUGAAUGUAAGUUUACAGGUAACCUCGUCAUCCUGAUGCUUUAUAUUAUUUACCGGUUUGAAGUCAGCAGAGUUUGCAUGUUGAACUGUUGAAUCUGCAGUCUGAUUGGUCAGAAUCAUCUAUGCACCAGUUUUAUUGUAAAAACGAUUAUUCCAGUCAAUCAUGGACUCAGUGACACAUCAAUAAAUCUGUUUUGCUGUGACAAACUGGACGCUGGUGUCUUUUAUUUGUUCCCAGUACAGAAACGUCCAAAACGAUUCACAUCUUUACACCUUU